AAGAUGUUCUCGUUAGAAGCUCAGAACUCAUCUAUUCUGGAGAAUUAACCAAAGUCUCCCACCCUCAAGCCAAGAGCCAACAGAGGAUGUUCUUCCUCUUUGAUCACCAGCUUGUCUGCUGCAAGAAGGACCUUCUGCGCCGGGAUAUCUUAUAUUAUAAAAGUCGGAUCAACAUGGAUGAUAUGGAAAUCCUGGAUGUAGAAGAUGGAAAGGACAAGGACUUCAGUAUCAGUGUGAAAAAUGCAUUUAAAUUACACUGCCGCGACACUGAGGAGGUCCACUUAUUCUGUGCAAAAAAGCCUGAGCAGAAACAGCGCUGGCUGAAGGCCUUUGAGAAUGAAAGGAGACAGGUUCAGCUCGACCAGGAGACAGGUUUUUCAAUCACAGAGAUGCAGAAGAAGCAAGCAAUGCUAAAUGCCAGCAAGCAGCACCACACUGGGAAGCCAAAGGCUGUCACCAGGCCAUACUAUGACUUCCUGAUGCGACAGAAGCAUCCCACCCUGCCUACCACGCUCCCACAGCAGCAGGUCUUCAUGCUGGCAGAGCCCAAGCGCAAACCCUCGAACUUCUGGCAGAACAUCAGCAGGCUGACACCCUUCCGGAAAUAAGGACAGCCCCGCAUUUGUGCCUGAACCCCUUCUGAGAAAGCACUUUAUCCACCAGUCCUAGGAGGUGGAGCCCAGGUUCUUCCAAUCCUUUGUUUACAGAGGAUGGCACGUGUGCUCCUGCCUUCUCUAUUUAUCUUGCAGACCAACUGACCCCCUGGCUCUGAGGUGAGACACUGCAUGCGUGCUUGCACACGCGUGCAUCUGUGCUAGGUCCCAGUGAGCCAGCCUUGCACAGCACUCAAGAGACAAACUUCCAGGAAGAGAUGAGAAUGGAGCCUGAUCUGUUUCAUCUGAAAAGGUUUUGCCUGUCAGCUGUACUUUGAAUCAUUCCAUUCUGCUGUGACCACCGCUGCUGUCUGGCAGCCUACCAGCUCUGUCCCCCACUGACACGCUCAGAACAGCUCAGUGUUGCUGACAUUGUAUGUUUUGCAGGGAGGAGCAAACCCUUCUGUUCUCUGCCCACCCCUGUUCCCCACCUUUCACCUCAAGGACACGAUCCUCCUACGCCCUUCUAACUAACUCAGUUAGCCUCUGCUGGCACUCAGACGAGACAACAGUGAGUAUUGCACUGUGACCCUUUUCUUCCCUUUAAUUCAACAACACUGAUGAACAAUAUGGUUUGUUAAACGGUGCCAACCAACCUGCAGCAUGAGUAACAUUCAGGAGUCACUCUAGUGGGUUCGUUACAUAAGUUAGAGAAAAAUGUGCCUAAAUUAAUACUGUACUCAACUCCUUAGAUUCUCUUCUAUCAUUCUGCCAUAUUUCCUGGCCAAUGAAAAUGCUCAUUGUUUGUAAUGUGUUUAUUUAUGGUAUAAACCAGAACUGUGUAUUUUGUAAGUCUGUAAUUGUUCUUGUCAGUUGUUAACUCAAUGCCUGUUUUGUCUGUUUUAUUUUAUUUUUAAAUAACAAAAGAUCAAUAUUUGAAAACUGCUCCCAGAAGUCAGAGUCUGCAGUUCAAUGGCGUAAGAAAGACUGAAACCACAAUUGUUAUGCAAACUUCUACAGACUCAAAUUAUUAGAGGGUUUUGAUACCUUUACAAACAGACAUCCUAAAGCUACUUACAACUGGCCAAGUUUUGACAUUAAAAGCCUCACUUUAGGUACCCAAGUUUCAAAUGGUGGCCAAGAGAAACUCAUCUGUACCUUGGUUAGCAAAAAGAAAGAUUUGCCUUACCUUAGUGAGAGUUAGAAGCCAUAUUGACCUAAUUCCCUAGCUUAGAGACAUCUUGUGACAGCAGAAAGUAGGCACUCCUUUGUUCCAACAUGAUGCUAUUGUAAAUGAGCACUAACUGCCUGCUGAGUUCCCAGGUCUGGUGUUUGAUGCUGUAGCUUACUGAAGUUUGGUCAUCCAGGGACAUCUGAAUUUAGUAGCAUGUACAAAGUCAUUCUUGCACUAUAUCUUCUCCCCAGACCAGGGGCUACAUUUAAUUUCAUAAAGAAACUUGUAAAAGUGACUCUGUCUGUGUCUGACGUGUCUUAUCCAUGUAAAAUUGUUUCUCUUCAAAAUCAUUGUUCCUCUCGUAACCUAGAAUGUGCUGCUCAGCAGCAGAACCAUGCUAGAAGGCCUCAGUGAAGCCAACCACAGAGGGCAGGCAGAUGGAAGUGAGAUGUAGUACAAGAGAUGCAUCCACCCAUCACUCAGAACAUGGACUGAGGUUAGCAAGUCAGCAGCAUCUAAUUCCCAGACUCCUGCUAGUUAAAAAUGAUAAGGAAACAUCAAUAAAACCAUUGGGGAUAAGUAAGCUCACUCUGAGUAAUAUAGAAUUAGAGAGGAUCAUCAAGUUGAAGCUUGGAGGAGAACGCAGCUGUUCCUUAUGGGCCCUGCCCACCUGCAGUCUGCUGUCACUGUUUCUGGGAAAACACGCAACUCCAUGCUCUUCUCCAAGGCAGAACCAGAUGCAACAUCACCACUUGAUGCAGUCCUCCACAGAAUGGUGAUAGGAAACCACAUGAGAAAACCCUUCCACUCUCAAAGCUGCCUGCCUGUGAAGGUGCAGCGCGCUCCCUCCCCUUCCACAUCUCUCCAAGCAGCAGGAAAACGGGGCUUACCAAGCAGGACACAUUCUUGAGCUGCCUGCCUCGCAGUAACUUGAACCAGCACAAUCAUUUGCAGAUCUGUUCUGGCAUUGCCAAAAAUACAUCUGUGGUGGGACGCAGCAGUCAGGAAACCAAGGCACUGGGGCAUUUACAGGAACAGCCUUUAAACACUGCAUAACCAAGCAUAGUUCAAUAAACACAGACAGGUAAAAACAAGAAAAUCUGCACUGCUAACCUCACUGUGCUCAGCACCUUCCCCUCUCAGCAGCUCUUGCUCCUUCAGCCCACACACCUGUAUCCCCUCUCUGUCUCCCCAUGGCCUGGAGCACUGUGCAGUCAGAGCUGACAGCACCCAGCACAGAAGCAGCAGUUGGGCUGUGCUGCCUGAAAUAAGAAACAAGUCUUGAUCACUGGAAGGAAAGAGGUUUCAGGAUUUUGGGGGUGCGUGGUGGGAGGAAUCCGACUCCGUAAGACGGCACUGCAGUAAAGCCCAUUUCCUCCUCAACAAAUAGAAAUAUUUGAAGUGCCACCUCCCAGGCCCAUGCCCUGUAUGCCUUGAGUCGCCUCCUGGGCUGAACUGCAGAUAGGCCUGUCCACUGUGUGGGUCCUGUAAUGCUGCUGCCCAUCCAGUUGGCCUGAGGCCUCCAAAAACCGUGCUCCCAGCUGUGGGGACGUGGCCUACAACCCCAGGCAGCAGCUACACCAUUGCCCAGUGUGAGCACAGUGCCAUUUCACGUUCAUCCUUUGCAUAUGCACACUUCUUUUUCUGGGGAACAGGCCACUACUACCAGGCUUGCAUGAGAGAGUUUCAUCCUCCGAAGCGCUGAGCACAGAAACAUUCCUGUUGGACUUCACAGCACCCAGAAUGCUGAGUGAUUACCCUCAGUGCACUGCACCCACCACAACAGGGUCAGCUUUGCAGAAAACAUGCAUAAGUAACAGGAGGCAAUCGUUAACUUUUGUGUUUACCCUGAAUGUCUGCACCUCUCCUUUCCUCUUCCAUGUCUGUUUUGAUUGGCCAGGAAGAAAAAUGCAUUGGCAUGGGAUUGAUCCAUUUGCUGAGGUUAGGAGCUCUGUACUUGAGGGAGGGGGAGGAACGCUGGAUUAAGGCAGCCUGACCCAGGCCAGAAGGGGCUUUGGGAAUUGAUGCGGUGCAACCCAACACCAUGUCCUGGAAUAAGCCUCAGUGGCACGCUGCAUCAGGUUGCUCACAGCCUUGUCAGGCUGCUGACAGAUGAUGGAUGCUUGAUGCUGCUGCCAGAUGAUCAAGAAUGAAGGUUCUCCAAAAACUCUGGGUCCCAGUUGAGCAAAGGACCAGCCAUAUUCUGAAAAAAGUUACUGCACCCAUUUGAGGGCCUAUUUGCACCUUCUGAUACCUGUUUUUAAUGUGUAUUUUGUAGUACACGACACUUCAAGUCUACACUGAAAUCACUCCAGUACAAAUUCCCAUCUAUUCUACUGAAUGAAAUGGGGUGAGAACGGCACAGAAACUACACAGCACCCAAUGCUCUGCAGGUACUUGGUGCACUAAAAGACAUCCCCACACCAACACACAGCUAAGAGCUGGCUACUAGCACCUCUGUAGCAAUACUUAGAACAGUACAUAUGCAUCAAGUCACUGAAGUUGCCAGAUUACUUGCCAUCUUUUCCAGAACUUGUUUCAUAUCUCAUCUCAUCAGUGCACACAGAAAAUUUAUAUAGAGAGACUUUAUAGAAAUAUAGAAAUGUUUUUAAGUGCCCAAACAGACUUCUCUAGCCAAACAUCAUCCCAGUGAAAGAAAAGUUAUUUAUUUACAGCAGAGAGAAAUAUAUUCUCCCUGAGACUGCCUGUCAGUAAUAUUCUUAAUAAAGUGGCUUCAGUUGGGAUCCUGCUCUUGUAAGGAACAAUUGGAGAGAGGAUCUGAUUCCUUAUGCAAGACUGAAAUCAGGUAUAAAAGUUGAUCACACAGAAAGAGUGGCAACCUUGUAACAUAGCAGGUGGAGUUACAGCACUAAUUAACAGGUAAGAAUCCAACCACACCCCCACAUCUGUACACCCAUUUGUGCAUCUGCACGGGAUUUCAUCAAAAAAUGACAUCCUUAUUUCCUAUCCAGUACCAACUUCACCAACACAAAACCUGAAUGAACCGUGUAUCCAAUCUUGUGUUACUCCACUGAUUUCAAAUGAUCAUGCACUCAAGCCAUCUCAUCUCCUAAGUUCUUACUGAAUAAAUGGUAAAGUGUACAUGUGCUAUAAAGAUGUGCUAAGCAGAGUAACCGAUACUGCAUUUCCCUCCUCAUCUUUCAUCCGGAUUUUCAAUGGAGGCAUUCAGCAUUGUACUGUCAAGGAGAAUUGUCAGAGAGAAUGCAUGCAAAGGACACAAGCUUUACAAGCUUUCUAUGUGUGCACGUUAGGUGAUGACCUUGUAGACCUUCCCAAACUCAGAGUAAAGGGGUUUUCUGACAUAUGAGCACCAGGUUAAGUACAACUUCUGUCAAGCUUUCUGAGCAUACCAGACAGAACCGUCUCAGAUUCACCAGAGAAGUCUACCUGAAGCAUGACCAAGCAGAGACAAAACUGCAAUACUCACCUCCCCUCCUUUGGGAUGAACCCUCUAUGUGACCAGAAACAUACAUUUUCAUGCAGAAAAACAAACAAGCAAACAAACAAAAAAACCAACCCAAACCAAACCAAAAUGAAAAAUCCUAAGUUCCUGCACUGAGUCUGAACAGCAACCACUCAACUCGACCCAGGGGUUGUUGGGUGGUCCUGGUUGUUUCUGGUUGUGAAUGCCCUCUUCCCUCCUGUAGUUAAGUGCAUGGAAAAAUUCUUGUGAAAAGCAGUUGUGUUUCCUAAUGAGCAAAGCCUGAGCAGACUCCACUCAGGCAACGCAUGGGCUUAUGUGAACCAGUCACAAGAAUGGCUUGCUGAAGCUGCCACUCCAACCAAAAGAACAAGUGGCUGCUAAUAACUCAGUUUCUACCUUUAAAAGAAAAAAAGAAUCUCUAUUUUGUAUUACCAGUCUGGAAUUAUGGAGUCAGAUGGACUCACUGGAAAAA